UGAUUAGCUCUUUUACGUAAAGUAUUCUAAUUAUUUUUAAUUUUUUUUUCUUUUUAUAUAUAUAUAUAUAUAUAUACACAUAUAUAUAUUUUAAAGCAUGUCGAUUAGUAACAAUGGACAUCGUCAUAAAGGACAUGUCAAGUUUUUUAAUUCAAUAAAAGGGUUUGGAUUCAUCAUUCCUGAUUCAAAUAAAGACAAUGAUAGUAUUGAAGAAGUAUUUGUUCAUCAUACAGCUAUUUUUAAUAACGGAGGCUUUAAGAAUCUUGCAGAGGGUGAAGAAGUUGAAUAUGAUUUAGUUCUAGGUCCAAAAGGUAUGCAAGCUGCAAAUGUAACUGGACCAGAUGGGGUUUCAGUAAAGGGAGAUCCUAACAGAUAUCAUCGGCCUACUAUGUAUUCAAGUUAUAAUCAGUAUUAUUAUGAUAAUCGGGGACAAACAGGAGAAUUUGCUGUAAAUUCGUCAUCUUAUGAUGGAUCUUCGUUUAACUGUUAUGGUACAGUACCAUUCUAUCCUUAUUUAUAUUCGCCUCAAUCACAAAUGACGUUACCCUAUAAUGCAGCUGCAAUAUAUCCGCAACAACCUUAUUUGAAUGAAACUAUAAAUCCUACAAUUACUACUACUACUACUACUAAUCUUAAUACUAACACUAAUGCUACUAAUACGAAUGGUCAAGUUAAGGCUGAUAAUGAUAAUCAUUCAUUUCCGUUAUAAUAAAAUUAGUCAAACGCCAUUAUACAUACAAAAGUAA